UUCCGCUACGCCAGCUUUUACCGUUUUCCCCUUUCGUCCUUCUUCCUGCUGGUCUAAUCGGUUUCAGUGGUGCUACACCUGCUCGUUGUUUCACAGUUUUAUCCCUCUAUCACCACAGACAACAUGGACGAUUUUGACAUGCUGAACGCGCCCAGUGCUGGAAACGGUGUCGGCUCGGAGGAGGACCCCGCUGCCGCUUUCCUGGCCCAGCAGGAAAGCGAAAUUGCGGGCAUUGAAAACGACGAAGGCUUCAGCAUCUUGGACAGUGGAGAUGUCCCCUCUUCGCUAGGAGACACUAACGAUGGUGCCAUCAAUGGAGAGCUUCAUGGGGAAAGCAAUGGUCCAUCAGAUGCCUAUGCAGCAAUUUCUAAUGCAGACCGACUGCAGGCUGAACCAGAAAGUCUACGUAAGUGGAGGGAGGAGCAAAGAGAGAGGCUGGAGGAGCUAGAUGCUAACUCUCGCCAGCAGGAGACGGAAUGGAAGGAGAAGGCCAAGGUGGAGCUGGAGGAAUGGCAUGCCAGGCAGAAUGAGCAGCUGGAGAAAACCAAAACCAAUAACAGGGUGUUGGAUGAAGACUUCUACAAGCAACCCUUCUCUGAGCUCAUUGGUUAUGUCACACAUAUUAACCAUCCUUGCUACCGCCUAGACCAGGCGGCUGAGGAAGCCAUGAUUUCAGAUCUGGAUGAGAACAACCCAGGCACAGAGUGGGAGCGGGUGGCACGGCUCUGUGACUUUAAUCCCAAGUCCAGCAAGCAGGCUAAGGAUGUGUCCCGCAUGCGUUCGGUCCUCAUCUCCCUGAAGCAGUCCCCACUAGUCCGCUAGACACCCAAGGCUGCUCGGGAAAUCAUUCCAUAUCAUCUUUUUCCAUGACACGUCAACGAAACCAACUUCUCAUGCCCCUCCAUUUGUAUUCUGAUGUCAAGGGGCACUUACACCCCUGUGUCCAUAUCUGUCAGUCAUGCACAGCCUUGUUUCCCCACCUCACAGGGUAUAGUCACUUGCCUUACCCUGAUGUAUUUCCUCCUGGCAGGGCUGUAAAGAUUAGCCUUGAUGUACCUGCUCACUAUUUUCUGCCCCUUAAAGAUUUUACCUAUACACCUCUUUAAUAAAUCAGUCAAGACUUUGUUUCCCUUGUUUAGUAAAAAUGAAAUCAAGGACAGAUCUACACAAGGUCUCAAGGUGUGUGUGACAGUUGUGCAAGGGUGGUGAGUUGGGACACGAAAAGGGAAGGGCUGACAUUUGUUUGGGCCAACAGCUACACUACAGUGCUUUACAAUGCCCCCCCCCCCCCCCCCCCCCCCCCCCGAUAUCAUUCCUAUAACGCUGUGUUGUCACUGUUAAUCUGUCAGCCUCAUUAAUAUUUUUACUUUUGAGAGUUGAUAUUACAUGGUUUCAUUCACAUUUCUUUCCGCAGCAUGUCCAGUACAAAGCAUUUCUGAUUUUGAUUUGAAGGACCAAACUCUUCAGACAGAACUCCAAAUUCAGUGUGUGUACUUUAAACUGUGUGUAGAGCCUGCUUGUGGCAUAUUGUGUUAAACUAUGCAUUUCUUUUGAAAGCCUCUCCCCCUCCUAGUCAGGAACUGAACUGAAGUCCAGUCAUUACAAUAAAUGUGACCUAUUUGUAUGUGUGUUUAAACCUCAGCAGUGUAUGUACUUGAUGCGUGUACCUAUGUACAUAAACAGAAGGCAAUAUAUAUACAUUAUAUAAAACAUUUGUCACUAAAAUUAGACAUUUGUGGGUUUAAAGAGAACUAGAUCCUAGCCAGAUGUUGGUUGACCAUGUUUGUUUGAUGUCCAUUUGAUUUCAAUAUCAAUAAAAAGUAAAUUAAAGAUG